AUGUCGACCAAGCACAACUAUACCAAUCCGGCUUUCUGUCAGAAUAGUGAAUUCUAUCCGGUACCAUCGGCCACAGCGGAACGCACGGCCAAUAAGGAAAAUGUAGAGUCAAUUUACAAUCGUAGCUUACAGAUAAAUUUUAAUGCUAAUGCGACACGGUAUGAUGCACGCGAUAGUGCGGGACCCUUGCGUAUGCAGCGAAGCAUGUCAACAAGAUCGGUGGCUAUAAAGAAAACGAAAACAAGCGAAGUAACGACACCAACUAUACACCAGCAAUUGCAUCGGCAGCAGCAACAACAUUAUGAAAGACAGCAGCACCACCAGCAACAACAACAAUAUCAACAGCGUUCAGGUUCAGGGCGUUAUGCUUUAGUGCCCGUCGAAGAAUUAUCCGCAGACAUGAAUAAUCGUUAUGCCAUAGUUCCAGGGCCACCAGCGCGACGUUAUGCCAAAUCGCAGGAUGAUUUGGAUCGUUAUAGCUCGCAGAUCCAAUUGGAUCAGGAUGAGCCCCAUUCCUUUCAUGAAGAUCCCACAGGAGGUGGUGCUGGGCCCUAUGCCAGUUUGCCUCCUGUCCUGGAGACGGGAAAAUUACAUCCCAAGCGUCGUAUUUCCUUACAAAAUCGUCAAAGUUCUCAACAAAAUCUGCAGGCACCAAAAAUCAAACAUGCCUUCUCAAGUGAUUUCGGCAGCAAGACAUUCCUAAUUGUGGAUAAAAAUUCCAAUCAACGUUAUCAAAUGGUACCCACAGCGGAGGAUGAAGAGCUCGUGGAUGAUAAUCAGGAGAUCAUACAAAUGCAUAAUGGCAAGGCCCAUCGUUAUGCAGUUAUUCCAGCCGAAGAUGAUGAUGAUGAAUAUGAGAAUAACAAUGAAGAAGAAACCUGCCUCAGUAAUCCCGAUUUAAAUCAAAGUCAAAAUUUCCUACCCUUGGGCUAUGAGACCACACGUACACCCAUGAGGACAUCCACACCCCAGAAGGGCAUGUCAAUGGGAAAUUUGGCCUCCUACCCAAGUACUCCGUUGAAAAAUCCUCAGGCCACAAAAAUGUUACAUGAAUUGCUUUCGACGCCAAGGAAAACUCCUGUGCAAAAUAGCCGAUCAAAUACACCGCGUAAUAUGUAUGCCUCACAACGCGAGCUAAGGAUACAAUAUGCCCAACAGGGACAACAGAUAAAUUUCUCAUCAUCCGGAGGACAAUCUUCUCAGAAUCAGGGACCUCCGUUAUUGCCACGUAAAAAUUCCCAUCUUUCACCACAGCGAUUGCAUUAUGAAACGGUCAAGCCUGUGGUUACACCACCCCAUCAGAAUGAUCGCACCAUGGCCGUAAUACAACCACGAGUGGCUGGGACCACAUAUCCUCAAAUUGAGGAGGAGGAUUGUAGCAGUAUUCAAGGUAAGGCGGGCAACAAUCAAUCAUACCCCCAAAAAAUUGUUAGUGCCACCAUUACCUUGGCCAUCGUUUCGCUGAUGUUGGUUCUGGGUAGUUCCAUGAAUUCGGCCCUGAUUGUCUAUAUGAUAGCCCAUUUGGGUCGUUCAUUUUACCUACAAUUCAGUUUGGUGGCUGCCAUCAGCGGUGUCGGAUUGGGAUUCCUUGGCUUUCGUUCAAGGCACUGUGAAUGGCUCCCCAAUCGCAGUUAUACUUCGGGCUAUAUUUUGGUAACAGUAUUUUGUCUACUAAAAUGUUGUUGCCUUUUGGUAAUACUGGUAUUGGACCCAUUUCCCGGAUUACCUCUACAUGAUGUUACCACCGGUAUUAUUUUGGGUCUAUCCACAUUUACUAUGUUUUUUAUAGGUUUGGGUGUGAUUGGUACACUGUGGUGUUAUCGUCCACCACCAGAUAAUCGAGUUAAUGUUGUUUAAGAAAAUAAUUUUU